AUGAUUAUAAUAAUCAAGGAUUUAUGGAGAUAGAAUUAAGCAGAAAAGAAGUUUUAAGGCCAAGCCCUCUCUUAAACUUUACAAAUAAAGAGCUUUAUCAUAGACAUAGAUUCUGCAGAGCUUGAUUUGAAAAACUACAACGAUAAUCAAUAUUAUGGGACUCUUUAUGUAGGAACUCCAGCAACCUAAUUCACAUUCAUGUUUGACACAGGUUCAUCUGUAAUUUUAGCAUUUAAUUACUUUAAGUGGAUUUGGCUGCCUAACAUUGAUUGCCCUGCAAAUUAUGCUCAAGGAAACGUGACUGGGUAUUUAGCAAAAGAGCAUUUUGCAGUUGACUAAAAUGAUCUAUUUAAUGUGACCAAUUUUAGUUUUCUUUCUGUUUUCAGUGGAGGAGAUGUUCAUACAAUGGAAUCUGAUGGCUUGGUUGGGUUAGGAGUUUCAAAAAUUGGAAGUAAACAGCAAGAUCUAUUUGUUUAGCAAUUGUAUUAGCAGGGAAGAAUUAAAUCAUAUGGAUUCACUAUUUUUAUUGGGAAUUAAAAUUAGAAAUCCAAGCUUUGGUUAGGGACUUUUUUAUUACCAACUACAAACGACUAUGGUCCAAUCAAAUGGCUUAAGCUGACAUCACCAUAUCAUUGGUAGGUAGCUUUAUCAAAUGUAAUAAUAAAUGGAGUAGCAAUUCCACUCACCAAAAGCAAAAAUGCAGUUUUAGAUUCAGGCACUUCGCUUAUCUAUAUCCCUUCUGGAGAUUACUAAAAUGUAUUUCAAUAUGUCCUUAAUGGGAAAAACUGCACAUAGUUCUAGGGAUAUUGGUUUUGUUAAUGCUCAAAUAUUAAUGACUAAACUUAUCCAACGAUUUCCAUAAAUCUUGGAGGAGAACAGUUCUCUAUCUAGCCUUUUUAAUAUCUACAAACAUUUUAAGGUAUUCCUGGAUGCUAAAUUUAGUUAAUUGAAGAUACUUCAAGCUAGUCUACUUAUUGGUUGCUAGGAGAUAACUUUUUGAGAGGUUACUAUCAGACUUAUGAGAUGAAUGCUCCCAGAAUUGGUUUGGCAGAUUACAGAUAUAUUAUAAAUAAUCAAUUUAACUUUUCAAACGUAGUAUACUUUUAGCCUGAUACCACUGCUUUAGACUUAAAACCUUCAGAUAAUAAUAGCUAAGUAAUUUUGAUAGCUUCUAUAGUCUCUUGUUUAGCUAUAAUAAUAAUUAUAUCAGGACUCAUUCUUUACAUAUUUAACAGAAAAAUGAAUAAGACUAAGAAUAAACCACUUUCUUUAUCUUAAAAUAAACCAACGGAUGAUUAAACUAUCAAAGCUGAAAAUGAGUCAGUGGAGGUUAAUUAAGCUGAAUUCAACCCUGCUUUAAUGAAAGUUUUCAAUUAACCAUAGGAAGGCAACUAAGAGAAUAACAUCCCAAAUCCAGUGAAUGAAUAAUCAAAACAUGAGGAUAACCAAUUAAAUGAAAAUAUUAAUAGGAGUAUAUAAAAUUAAGAUUUUCCAAUCAAAAUAGAGCUUAAUGAGGUUUCAAUUGAAGAAUCUCAAAAAUUAAAUCGAGAUGAAAGCAAAUGCGAUUCCUCAUAAGAAGUAAAUGUGAGCAUAGAAAGUGAGAAUCGUCAAAAAUCCAACAAACCAGCAGAAUCUUAAACUAAAUUUAGGAAAUAAUAAUUGAAUGAAUCUUAAAAAUAAUAACGAAAAUUUAAUUCUUUAUAAAGAAAGAAAUAUAAAGAUACUGACAAAUGUUGA